AUGAGCCUAGGUAAGCAGAUUGGUGCCAUGCUAGGCAAAGUUGAACUAGCUUUUAGGAGCAACAAGCGGUCUGUGGCGUUAGAGAGCAGUCGAGGGCUUUUUGGAGGCGCUAGUAGUUAUUUCAUGCCUCAAAGAAAGGCGGUGAGGGAAGAACCAGAUUUGAAUCCAUAUAUUCAGUUUCCUGUUCUUACUAAAGAACAGAUGAAGCAGAUUAGUAAUGACAAAUAUAAAUUUGAAGUUGGCUAUAGUUCAUUUGCAUUCCACAGUGAUAGAUCUUCUCCAUUAGUUCAUUCUUUAUCGGACUUGACAGAUCCUGCGCUGCUCAACUCCUUGUUACCAAGGAGAAGACCUCAUGGUUCGCCCUCUGAUACAUUGUCUAUCAAGGCAGGCGAUGAUGCCAUGUUGGUGUCCCCUACAGUUUUGGCUGUAGCAGAUGGAGUUUCUGGUUGGGAAGGUAAAGGUGAGAAUUGCAGCUCUGGUUUGUGGGCAAGGUCGAUGUUGGAGACCUUGAGUAGACUCAUGACCGAAUACAAGCUCAAUCACACACCACACCAUUUGAAUAAAAGAGAUAUUGAUCAGGUGUUGGAUGAUUCGUACUUGCAUACUUCUCAUUUGAUGGAUGUUCAGAAUUUUAGAGGAUCUUCAACCUUGAUUAUGGGAAUGUUGAGUGGGGAAUAUCUCAAGAUGAUAAGUAUUGGUGAUUCAAAAAUGUAUAUUAUUCGUGAUGGCGAAAUCAUAAAAACAAAUGAAGAGCAAUUGAUAUCAAGCUUAUGUCCACAGCAAAUUGGAACGCAAACUUUGAAUGUCUUGCCUUCAGAUAUAGCAUGGGUUGAUUCGAUCAAAUUAGAAGUGGAUGAUAUAAUUGUCGUAUGUUCUGAUGGAAUAUCAGAUAAUUUGUACGAAUGGGAGAUAGUGCAUUACAUCGAUGAAUAUUUGAGUAUCAAAAAGGACAACUUGAAAGCAGUUGCCAACAAAUUGUUAUUGAAAGCCAAGGAAAUCGGCUUCGAUGACUACGCCUACACACCCUAUAAUGAGAGAGUAAAUUCUUUGCCGAAUAAAUAUGGGAAAAAUGUUAGUACUGGUGGGAAAUUAGACGAUAUGUCCAUUUGUGUCGCAAGGGUGGCAUCUAAUAAAGGUUUUAAAUAG